AUGGGGAGAUCUGCCGUGAGAGAAGAAGAAGAAGAGAGAAGGAUAAUCUCUAGGAAGCAAAAAUGUCAGGAGCGCGGGGGGGCAGAGCCCAAGCAGUCGAAGACGGCGACGACGUACGAGUCGGUGGAGGGAGGGGCGAACAGGACGAGGACGGACGCACGCACCCCUCAGGACCAGGGGGGCAUUCAGGUGGACAUGCUCCAGGAGAAGGUCCCCGAUGCCACCGGGCACGGCGGCCCCGUCUUCGGUGCUGCCGCCGCUGGUAAAACCAAGGAUGAGGAGUCGGAGGACAAGCGGAAGCUCGACUUGGGCGUCACUGGCACCGGAUGAUGUUAAGAAUCACGCAAAACUCUC